AUUCACUUCCCCUUCUGUCCUCCCCCCCAAUUGAUCUACGUUACUCCUUUCCUCUUUACCCUUUCAAUCCUUUCCUUCUUCUACUUCUUUCUUUUUGUUCUUUUCUUCCUUUUCCCCCCUAUUGGACAUUCGGCUCGGUCAUAAUGGCUCGUUUCAGCUUCCUGUCGUUGGCUUUGCUCUCUGCCCAAGCCUUGAUCGGCGGCAGUCUGGCGGCAGAUGCAGCUGAGAAGGUGGAAGAGUCCGUAGAGACUCCAAAGCUCGCUGUGACUGCCCAGGCCUCUUUCCCUGCUUCUGAGAUCUUCGGCAUCAAGAUUGUGAACGGUUACCCGACCCAGGCGCUGGUCUCUUUCACCAAUGAUGAACCUUCCCCAGUGAAGGUAAACUUCAUCGGUGGUACCUUGUCCACCUUAGAUGAAGAGGAUAGCAAGAUUGUGCGCAACUUGACUGCAACCGGAUAUAGUUUGGAAAUCCCAGCUGGCCAGAAGGAGACUUUAAGCUACCAGAUUACCACCGAAAUGCAUCCCCAGGACCUUAGGCUCAGCCUCGCCUCUAUCAUCUCUGACAGUGAGGGUCAAUUCUACACCGUCUACGCUUAUAAUGGUACCGUCAGUGUUGUGGAACCUGAAACCAGCAUCUUUGACCCUCAGAUUGUCUUCCUGUAUUUCUUCCUCCUGGCCUGCUUCUCUGGUGUCGUCUACUUCUUCUACACUGUCUGGAUCGCCCCGUACUUUCCUCAGAAGCGCAAGAGCGGAAAGGGUCCUGAGUACAUUAAGAAGUCUUCGAGCGCCGCGAAGAAGAUUGAAUCUGCUGAGCCCAGCAGCCCAGCAGCCUCGUCUGCGACUACGUACAACGCCGAUUGGAUCCCUGCCCACCACAUCAACCGUCCUGAGGCCAGAAAGGUGAAGGGUAGUACCCGCUCCAAGACCCGUGCCUAAAGGCCGUAGCGGUAGCGAUCUUGUGAAACUAUAGAGGAAAGCGUGACGUCUAGUCAAUAUUUUGGACCUCGUGCGCUUGUGCCAACGAGUCUUACGUGAGAUUGGCAAACUUGAGGUCAAAGAUCGCUGAGAAUGUGAUCGGUCGCAAGUCAAUGCCUUCGCUGAUUGGGGCG